AUGGCUGCCGAGAUACGACCAUUUACCAAAAGACUGCAUGGCUGUACGGACUACCUUCCUCUCACCGCGAAAUUUGAACGCGAACUAACCUCAAUCAAUUCUUCAGGGUUCCUCAGCCGCAGCUUGUCACGACUGGAAGAGGGCCCAGAUGAGGCCGAAAAACCAUUCGUGAGCAAGCGAUCCAGCAUGGACGAUUCGAGCGACGAGGAGAAUCUCAGCCUGCCAGUCGUGCGCAAACGCUCAUAUUGUCGCCCCAGAGCUUCGAUAGUGGGUAUAGCCUGUUUCGUCUUACUAGGAAUGAUUACUUUCGCCGUCUUGGUGACCGACAGCCGUAGCGGCAAAGUGCCUGAUUCCCGUCCACCACAGGCUCAGGGCGGAUCAGUCGUCACAGCGCACUGCGGUACUACACCCGAAGAAGCCAAAGCUCGCGGAUGCUUCUGGGAUAUCAUGAGCUUUGGCUGGAUGCAUCCUUCAUGUUUUGAUCGCGAGGAGUCCGCCCGUUGGGAGGCGCAAUAUGGGCCCUGGGAAUGGUACUCGGAGCGGCCGGGCAACGAGACGGACUUGGUGCCACUCAAGGCGGAAGAAUUGCCAUAUUCACCUGUUGUGUGGACAACGCAGGGCUACCAUGUUCAACAUUGUCUCUACGUUCUUAAGAUGAUCCACAUGGCGGCUUUGAUAGAGGCGUCGGUUUCUAACGAGGGGAUUGAACUUGGUCAUACGGACCAUUGCACAAAACUUAUCGGCAAUCCAGAGUUGGUGGAUUAUGCGGACGUCAACACACGGGUUCAUUUGCUCUUUGUUCAAUGCGUCUCUUUAACAUAA